UCGAUUUCCAUUCUCGCACGGGCGCAGAUGGGCGGCCGCUUUUUUCCCGUGGCUUUGGAAAAAAAAUAACAAAAAAAACGAGAUAGUCACACAGAGCCACCGUGCUCAUAUUUUUACAUAUCCAUCGGGCGGAAGAUACCGCUAUAAUGGGUGUUUUCCACGGAAGCGGACACUGUAGCAAAAUACGUGUGUUCAGAUUCUGAUUAAACAAGGCAACAACAUCCCGACCGCCCGCAAGCUAACAUUAGUUCCCGGUGGUGCUGCCUGGGGCAGAGUGACCAAACGAGGGAUAUAAAAACGAUCAUACUUGGAGUCCGACCCUAAGAGCAAGCAUGUCUGGGGCAUCUGUAAAAGUUGCUGUUCGAGUUCGACCCUUCAACUCCAGGGAAAUAGGAAAGGAGUCAAAAUGUAUCAUUCAGAUGCAAGGCAACACUACAACUAUCCUCAAUCCCAAAGCCCCCAAAGAACCUCCAAAAACAUUUAGUUUUGAUUACUCCUACUGGUCACACACCACGCCAGAGGACCCCUGCUUUGCAUCACAGAACCGUGUGUACAAGGACAUUGGGAAGGAAAUGCUGGAGCAUGCCUUUGAGGGCUACAACGUCUGCAUAUUUGCUUACGGCCAGACUGGAGCUGGCAAAUCCUACACUAUGAUGGGCAAACAGGAGGAGGGACAGGAAGGAAUCAUUCCCAUGCUUUGUGAAGAUCUGUUUGAGAAAAUCAAUGAAGACUGCAACAAAGAGGAGCUCUCCUACUCAGUAGAGGUGAGUUACAUGGAGAUCUACUGUGAAAGGGUGAGAGAUUUGCUCAAUCCUAAGAACAAAGGGAACCUGAGGGUACGAGAGCAUCCGCUGCUAGGUCCCUACGUGGAGGACCUGUCCAAACUAGCGGUCACAUCCUACACAGACAUCGCUGAUUUAAUGGAUGCAGGAAAUAAAGCAAGAACGGUUGCUGCUACAAACAUGAAUGAGACCAGCAGCAGGUCUCAUGCCGUUUUUACCAUCGUCUUCACGCAGAAGAAACAUGACAGUGAGACGGACCUCACCACAGAAAAGGUCAGUAAAAUUAGUCUGGUAGACUUGGCAGGAAGUGAGCGUGCAGAUUCCACUGGAGCUAAAGGUACCAGACUAAAGGAGGGAGCAAACAUCAACAAAUCUCUUACUACUUUAGGGAAGGUCAUCUCUGCCUUGGCUGAAGUGGAUAACUGUACCAGCAAGAGCAAGAAAAAGAAAAAGACAGACUUCAUCCCUUACAGAGACUCUGUCCUGACCUGGCUGCUGAGGGAAAACCUCGGUGGAAACUCCAGAACAGCCAUGGUAGCUGCCCUCAGUCCUGCAGAUAUCAACUAUGAUGAAACCCUCAGUACACUGCGCUAUGCUGACCGAGCCAAGAACAUCAAAUGUAACGCCGUUAUCAAUGAGGAUCCCAAUAACAAGUUGGUGCGUGAUCUGAAGGAUGAAGUGGCUCGACUAAAGGAGCUGCUCCGCGCCCAGGGCCUUGGAGACAUCCUGGACAUUGAUCCAAUGGGGGAUGAUUACCCAGGAAGUGGAAUCAAAUACCUCAAAGACAUUCAGAACAAUAAGAAUAGAUACUUGAUAGCCUCAGAGAACCAACGCCCUGGCCAUUUCUCCACAGCCCCUAUUGGUUCCCUGACAGCCUCUCCAUCCUCUGGCGCACUGUGCAACCAGGGGGGUCUUCAAUCAGUCACCAGUAUCCAGGAACGCAUCAUGUCUACGCCUGGAGGAGAGGAGGCCAUUGAAAGGCUCAAGGAGUCAGAAAAGAUCAUUGCUGAGCUCAAUGAAACCUGGGAGGAGAAACUACGGAAGACAGAAGCAAUCCGAAUGGAGAGGGAGGCUCUGCUUGCAGAGAUGGGCGUGGCAAUCCGUGAAGAUGGAGGCACUUUGGGGGUGUUCUCUCCUAAAAAGACUCCACAUUUGGUCAACCUGAACGAGGACCCUCUAAUGUCUGAGUGUCUGCUCUACUAUAUCAAAGAUGGGAUUACAAGAGUGGGUCAGGCCGAUGCUGAGCGAAGGCAAGACAUUGUUUUAAGUGGAGCUCACAUAAAGGAAGAACACUGCAUUUUUCGAAGCGAAAGGAAUGCCAACGGAGAUGUUAUUGUCCUGUUGGUGCCAUGCGAGGGAUCUGAAACCUAUGUCAACGGCAAACGUGUUGAGGAAGCAAUCCAGCUUCGUUCAGGCAACCGCAUCAUAAUGGGAAAGAACCACGUGUUCCGAUUCAACCACCCAGAACAGGCCCGAGCUGAACGGGAGAAAACUCCAUCAGCUGAAACCCCCGUAGAGCCUGUGGACUGGACGUUUGCCCAGCGAGAACUUCUGGAGAAACAGGGCAUCGACAUGAAGCAGGAAAUGGAGAAAAGGCUCACUGAGAUGGAAAUCUUGUACAAAAAGGAGAAGGAAGAAGCAGACCAGCUUCUGGAGCAGCAGCGACUGGUUUACGAGAGCAAACUGCAGGAGCUUCAGAAACAGGUGGAAACACGCUCUCUGGUAGCAGAGACGCCGGACGAGGAGGAGCUGGAGGAGGAAGAAGAGGAGGAAGAACCUAAAUUACUGGGAUUGCCGUGGACUCAGCAUGAGUUUGAGCUGGCUCAGUGGGCCUUCAGGAAGUGGAGGUACCAUCAGUUCACCUCCCUGCGCGACCAGCUGUGGGGGAACGCUGUGUACUUGAAGGAGGCCAACGCCAUCAGUGUGGAGCUGAAGAAAAAAGUCCAGUUCCAGUUCGUCCUGCUGACUGACACGCUGUACUCCCCUCUGCCCCCGGAGCUUCUGCCCCAAGAGCCGGAGAAGGAACGCAACCCGAGACCUUUCCCUCGUACUGUGGUUGCUGUGGAGGUUCAGGACCUGAAGAAUGGAGCCACACACUACUGGUCCCUGGAAAAACUCAAGCAGAGGCUGGAACAAAUGAGAGAGAUGUACGACCGUGCCGGAGAAAUGGCCUCCACUCAUCAGGACGCUGAUGGAGAGGGAACGCUGACUGGAAACGACCCGUUCUACGACCGUUUUCACUGGUUUAAGCUGGUGGGCAGCAGUUCUCCCAUCUUUAACGGCUGCGUCAACGAGCACCUGGCCGACCGCACGCCCUCUCCCACCUUCUCCACCUCUGACUCGGAGAUUACCGAGCUGGCGGACGAGCGCCAGAGCGAGAUGUCCGACUUCAUGGACGACGAGGCGUUUGUGGACGACACAAGCUCGGAUGCCGGCACCGAGGAGGGCUCUGACAUCUUCAGUGAUGGCCAGGACCCCUUCUAUGACCGCUCCCCCUGGUUCAUCCUGGUGGGAAGAGCUUUUGUGUACCUGAGCAACCUGCUGUAUCCGGUGCCGCUCGUCCACCGUGUUGCCAUAGUUACAGAAAAGGGCGAGGUGCGAGGCUUCCUGCGUGUGGGGGUCCAGGCUAUAGCUGCUGACGAGGAGGCCCCAGAUUAUGGGUCAGGGGUAAGACAGUCGGGGACUGCCAAGAUUUCCUUUGAUGAUGAAUACUUCAAAAAGAACGACUUUCCCUCUACGGUUAUGACUCGCUCUGGGUUGUCCCUGGAGGAGCUGCGUAUUGUGGAGGGUCAGGGUCAGAGCUCAGAGGUCAUCACACCCUCCGAGGAGCUCAACAGAAUCAACGACAUGGACCUUAAGCUGGGCAACAUCUCAGACAGCAAGCUGAGUCACAUUGACGGACUGGCAGGCCAGCUGGAGGUAGGCAGCAUCUUCACCUUCCGUGUUACUGUCCUCCAGGCCAGCGGCAUCCCACCCGAGUAUGCAGACAUCUUUUGCCAAUUCAAUUUCCUUCAUCGCCACGACGAGGCUUUUUCAACUGAGCCACUGAAGAACACCGGCAAAGGAGCUCCUCUGGGCUUUUACCACGUUCAGAAUGUUUCAGUGGAGGUCACGGAGUCCUUUAUUGAGUACAUUAAGAGCAAGCCCAUCGUGUUUGAGGUGUUUGGCCACUAUCAGCAGCACCCGCUGCAUAUCCAUGGCCAGGACCUGAUCAGGCCUCCAACACCAUCAAGGAAAUACUAUCCUAUUCCUAUGCCUCUGUCUAAACCAGUUCCAGCCACCAAGCUGAACACCAUCACCAAGUCGAACCUGGGUCAGUGUGUCAGCAAGUACGACCUGCUCGUCUGGUUCGAGAUAAGUGAACUGGAGCCUACUGGAGAGUACAUCCCAGCUAUAGUGGAUCACAGUGCCGGAUUGCCCUGUCAUGGCACCUAUCUUCUGCACCAGGGAAUCCAGCGAAGGAUCACAGUGACCCUCAUACACGAGAAAGGCAGUGAACUUCACUGGAAGGAUGUUCGUGAGUUGGUUGUAGGUCGUAUCAGAAACAAGGCCGAGGUGGAUGAUGGUGCAGCUGAUGCCGUCCUGUCCCUCAACAUCAUUUCUGCCAAGAACAUUAAGUCAUCCCACAACACUAACAGAACCUUCUAUCGUUUUGAAGCGGUGUGGGACAGCUCCCUCCACAACUCCCUCCUGCUCAACCGGGUCACUCCUUACGGAGAGAAGAUCUACAUGACUCUGUCCGCAUAUCUAGAGCUGGACCACUGCAUCCAGCCCGCCAUCAUCACUAAAGACGUCUCUAUGGUGUUCUACUCCCGGGACGCCAAAAUCUCUCCUCCCCGUUCGCUCAGGAACCUUUUUGGGAGUGGCUACUCCAAAACUCCUGACUGCAAUCGUGUCACCGGUAUCUAUGAGCUGAGCCUGUGCAAGAUGUCUGACACUGGAAGCCCUGGGAUGCAGCGAAGGAGAAGGAAGGUUCUGGAUACUUCAGUGGCUUAUGUAAGAGGAGAGGAGAAUCUGGCCGGAUGGAGACCCAGAGGAGACAGCUUGAUCCUGGAGCACCAGUGGGAGCUGGAAAAACUAGAGCAGCUGCAUGAGGUGGAGAAGACCCGCCACCUCCUUCUGUUGAGGGAGAAGCUGGGAGAGGCUCCAGUGGGAACCACUCCUACCACCAAGUCCCUGAGCGAGUGUCUGUCCCCCAGCAUGAGCACAGGCACGCUGUCCACCUCCACCUCCAUCUCCUCCCAGAUCUCCAGCGCCACUUGCGAAAGCGCCAUCACCCCCAGCGAGAGCAGCGGCUACGACUCUGCGGACAUUGAGAGCUUGGUGGAUCGCGAGAAGGAGCUCGCCUCCAAGUGUCUGCGCCUGCUGACGCACACCUUCAACAGCGAAUACAGCCAGGUGGUGAACAGCAUCAGUGACUGUAAGCUGUCCGACAUCUCUCCCUUGGGACGAGACCCAUCGGUGACCAGCCUGAGCAGCGCCACCCUCACCCCCUCCUCCACCUGCCCCUCCCUGGCUGACUCCCGCUGCAGCUCCUUAGACCAAAAAACUCCAGAGAACAGCUCCCGUGCCUCCAGUCCUUCCUGCUCAGACUAUGAGAACUUCCCAAUGGUUCCCACGCUGGAGAUGUCCUACCUUGCUCGGGCUGGAAAGAACGAGUUCUUAAACCUGGUGCCUGAUAUUGAGGAAAUGAGGCCGGGGUCUGUGGUGUCUAAGAAAGGUUUCCUCAGCUUCAUGGAGCCGCGCUCCAACACGUGGGUAAAGCACUUCGUGGUCGUUCGCCGCCCGUACGUUUUCAUCUACAACAGUGACAAGGACCCAGUGGAGCGCGGCGUUCUCAACCUGUCCACAGCCCAGGUGGAAUACAGCGAAGACCAGCAGGCCAUGCUCAAGACUCCCAACACAUUUGCAGUGUGCACAAAGCAUCGAGGAAUCCUCCUGCAGGCCAACAAUGAGAAAGAUCUGAACGACUGGCUGUACGCCUUUAACCCCCUGCUAGCAGGGACGAUAAGGUCGAAGCUGGCGAGGAGGCGCAGCGGCCUGAUGAAGAACUGAGUGACGCAGGCCUCCCAUGGCUCCUGCUCCCUCCAUGCAGCCUUUGAACAUACAGAGUGUUAAAACUUAUUAAUCAUUGUGAGUCUUAAAAGGUUUCCUCUUGUAAGUAGACCUGUGGCUUAAGUCUCUACUUUUCAUGCGACUAAAAGUUUCAACUCCGUUGAACUUUGCUUCCCUCCAGCAACCCGAGCUCUUCUUCUCCUCCCCCUUCGGCUUUUUGUGUUUUAAACUUUUAUGUCUCGAUUUCUUUCUGCUUUGUCGUCACCCCUGAACUUCCUGACUUGAAGCAUGUUGUAGUAGUCUACUUGUGUGUGCACGGCUCUCCAAAAACAUUUAUUUUUAGUUUGCCAAACAUCUCUCACAAAAACAAAAGAAACAAAAAAAGUCUCCUAUCAGUGUUACGUAACUCCCAAAAUAAGUUUAAUUUAAAUUUUAGUUUUUUGAUAAUAUGCUAGGAUAAGGGAGGCUGGAGAACACCAAGUUUGCUUACUGAUAAGGGAAAACAGAUUGAAAUUUUAGGUGAAAAUCUCCAAAUAUAUCAAAGGGAUUUAGUAGUUAAUACUCUGUAACAUUAACUAUUGCUUUUCCAUAUUGGACUUAAAGAGAAAUGCAUCAGGCUUCAAAAUAAGAAACUUAAGAUUUCAUGUAAAAUCUAGUCGAGCUCAGCCCAAAUCCUCCGUUUGAUGUUAGAUCCCACUCCUCAGCCUCUGUACAUACACGCCAAGAUAGUGCCAGUGUCAGUUUGUGCAUUUGUUCAAACAUAAAAAAAAACAAAAAAAAGAAAUCUUGCUAACUGGAUAAAAACGAGCAAAAAUGUACAUUCUUUGUACGGAUAGUUGCUGCAGGAAUAAACAUUUUUCCGUUUUGUAUUUCACCAUAAGGACUGGAGGAUAUGAGGGAGGAAAUACAGGAGCUAAAGAUGCUCCGGAGGGAAAGUUAUUCCUAAAGGUGUUCCUCUGGGAUGGCAGUGAUAUUCAGAUCCUGUUUAAGGCAGUUCUCUCUGCUUCUAUAGCAAAAAUAAACCCAAACUUUAUUACCUGACUGUCGCAUAUGUGUGAAACUAAAAACUGGUGAGAUGUCAAAAAGUUGCUGAGAUGAGUGCUGAAGCUGCUGUAGCUUAAGGAUGGAUGAAGAAACAUUCCCCUUAUUGGGUAAAACCUCUAAAAUGAAGUAUUUGUUAAUUUCAGCACCAACAAACAUGACCACUUCUUUAUUUUUUCUUCAGGUUCCUGAAUUUAAACUUCUCCAACUCUUAACACUCUUUCUACAACUUUUGUUUCUCAGUAUUCACUGUCAUUUGAAAUGUAAAAAAAGGGCAUUUAUUUGUUGAUUUUUGUUUUUAACCAGCAUUUAUUGGUGUUGCACCUUUGUUUUUUUGCACAUUAACUCAUAUCUAUUGCAAGGCAGAUCAUGCAGGAUUAUGUCUGAGCUUCAGGAACAAGGAUGAGUGAGCAUAUCGGAGUUACACUGGACGAAAACCUUAAAAGGACGUGGAGGAAGGUGAAAAUGUUUGCCCUGCACUUGAUGCUGAUGAGGCGCCUCUGUCUCUGCACUCGUUCGCUGCACAGAAGGGCAUUAUUAAACUCUGGCCAACCAACCAGCAGAUUGCCCCCUGCUCACCUCACACGAGAGCCGACACGGAGAUGCCUUCAUUAGUUUAUUUUAUAGUAGAAUAUUUGCUUGUCAAAGGACCCAGAGGUCAGGAAACCUGCUGGUCAGAGAGUCGUUAAAGAGCCCAUACUGGAAUCUAAACCCUGCAUCUAUGCAUUCGUUAGGUUAAAAAUACAAGGACACCAGAGCAAACAUUUUCACACACAGUGGCUCCUUUGCAGAAGUAUAUUAUUAUUGUUUGUGUUUAUGGUUUAUAAAUGUACAUAUUAGUUUGCAGCUCUUUGCACAUAUUAAUAAAAGGUUCAACUAACUGAUUAAAUAAAGUCUGUGCGGUUUAGUUGUUCUGCUCAUAAUUAACCAAAUGAAGGUUGGCAGCCUGAGCUGAGAGAGUUGAAUGUACGAUUUAAGAUGUUUGGUUGUUUUUAACUAUUUAAUUUGAAGGGACCAGAGAUGUAACCCGCUGCACCUUUUUUUUUUUUUUUUUCAUGAGGAUAUGAGCAACAGUAGCGCUUCCUCCUGAUCAGAAAGUAGUUUUUUUAUUUUUUUUAUUAUGAGGAAACAUUUACCAACUACCCACGAUGCCCAGGUGUCUGAAAUCUAAUAAAAGGGUUAAUUUAUUAGUUUAUUUAAUCUAAUAUCAGGGAAUAUAACACAUCAUAGCUAUAGACUGAAAUUAUAUUAGAACACUUUAAUGUGACUUUAAAUUUUCCGUUGAUGCCUUUCAAACUAAACUAGUCGUGAUUUUUCUCAUCAGCCCCCCCACCCUCCUCAUCUGACAGUAUCUUUGGGAUUCUUGGUUUUAAAAAAAUAAAAG